AUGUCAACAACCCAUGUAGUCAAACAAGUUGCACAAGGAUUCCAAAGCGGCAAAACGGUUGAGUUAAUAAUGGAAGAUUUGCAUCUAUUUUCAAAUGGUAUUUUUUCAAAUGUUUACAAAGGUAUACUCAAAGAACCUCAAAAGCGAUUAAUUGCUGUCAAAAAGUCAUGGUCAUGUUAUCCAACUCAUCAGCCUACCGAAGUAAAAAUUCUAACAAUGCUGCAACAAUAUCAUCACAAAAAUAUUAUUCAACUCUUAUACACAUUCAGCCAGACUUAUCCUGAUGACAAAAUAUGUACUGCAUUAGUAUUUGAAUUCUUCCCAAUGAAUUUAUCUGAAGUUCGAGAACAAUACGGUCCUUUGAGCACAUUAGACGUAAAACUUUAUACGUGGCAAUUAUUUCGAGGACAAGCACAUUUGGAAAAAAACAAUGUAUGUCAUAGAGAUAUUAAACCGCAAAACUUACUGGUAGAUCACAAAAGUGGCUUACUGAAAAUAUCUGAUUUCGGAUCAUCUAAAAUAAUGCGUCAUAAUACAACAUCUUAUCAUUAUCAUGUGACUAGAUAUUAUCGUGCACCAGAGCUUAUACUAGGUUCGGUACAAUAUCGAUGUGAAAUUGAUCGAUGGUCAUGUGGUUGUGUGUUUGGCGAGCUUCUGAAAAAUCACGUUUUAUUUCCGGGACGUACUACGAAUGAUCAGCUUCGACUUGUGAUCAACAUCUUGGGCUUCCCAACACUUCGUGAUAUUACUGCUAUGCAAGUAUCAACUGAUGCUCUCGAAGUUGAUGACUUCCGUCAUGAUUUGUUUGGUCGUAAUGAUUUGCAGUUGAUCAAACGAGCUGAGCAUAAUGCUUUAAAGUUAUUAGCUAAAGUUUUGGUGUAUAAUCCAAAUCUCCGAUUAUUUGGCCCACAUUUUCUUGAAAAUAAUUACUUCAAGGAAUUAUUUGACCCGCACACUAAACGUAACGGACAAGCCAUCACUAUUCUCUCUCAGCAGAAUAAGCAGUUAUGUGACGCUUUUAUAAAUGCAAUUCUGUAA